CAUGGCACCAAUUAUACACAGCAGAUCUUCCUACCGACAUUGGUGAAAAAAAGGACUUAACGCCCGACAUCAGGUUUUCAUGACCAGUGCACGAUGAAUGCCACCAGGCUUGCCUAUCAGUCAACCCAACCCAACCCACAACCAAUACCACCUUUCAUGACAUCCCAACACAACUUGCCGUCCAUCGCCCAAUCGGCUCAAAAGCUGCCGGGAGACUCUGCUCUGAGCCCAAAACGAAAGAGAGAGACCGCAACCCCGCCCCCAGAUCAUAACUAUCGUGUCCCCGUCAGUGACCCGCAACAAUCAUCAUCGACCAUCACCAACAAACCUCCAAAGAAGAAGAAAGCGUCCCGCGCUUGCGCCCAUUGCCAAAAGGCCCAUCUAACUUGCGACGAUUCACGGCCAUGUCAACGGUGUAUUAAGCGUGGAAUGGCCGAUUCCUGUGUGGAAGGUCAUCGCAAAAAGGCUAAAUAUCUUCUAGACGAUGAUGAGCUCGAGGUAUUGCGACGAAGCAAGGAGGCUGCGAAAGCAUCCACAGAGGAAAUGGAUCAGGAUCAUCCUCACCAUCAGUUGGACUUAACUGGCGCAACACCUAUGAUGCCAGAGCAAGAUCUCUACAACCUCUCCUUCGAUCCAACGUAUCCCUUUGGCUCCCACACCGCGAAUCUCGAAUACUCUAUCCUCUCUGCCAUCCUCGGGAAUCCAAGUCCGAACUCACAACCCUAUGACAUCUCCCAGUCACCUCAAGUAUCCCUACCGCCGUCUAUCAAUGCACCAAGGGGUAGCACAGCCCUCCACUUCUUCGGAUGCGACACAACAACCACCUCGUGUUUACCCACCCAACUUAUUACGUUCCCUGGCGCCGCCCUCUCCCCCCAAUCAAAUGGGUCCCCUGAUGUGCAAACCGAUCGCACAAAUCAGCACCCGUAUCAAACAAGCGGCCCGACACCGACUGGGAGCAGCGAACGUGCAGGUCCUGCUAGUGCAAAGAUGGCGUCCCCCGGCGAUAUGGUCUAUACGGCAGUUACUUCCGGUCAUAAUUACACUCAGGGUUAUCAUUUCCUUAUGCGCUUCCUAAGGGAACGAUUUGAGAAAAACGACAUCCUGCGCGUGGUUCGUGCGUUGGCUAUCUUCCGACCGAGUCUCAUUGCACUACAAAUGCCAUUAUCGGAUGAGGACGAGAUAUUUGUUGAACGUGCUUUACAACGGUCACUACUCGAACUUGAGAAGCUGAUAUCGUUCAGUGGAACUCCGACGGCUGUUUGGAGAAGGACAGGCGAGAUUUGUGUCGUGGGAUUGGAAUUCUCGAUGCUAACAGGAUGGAACAAGGAAGAGCUGAUAGGUCACAAAUUCAUCUAUGAGCUUUUUGAGAACCAAUCGGUGGUCGAAUAUUGGGAGAAUUUUGCCUCUCAUGCGUUCGAGAACAGCACGCAAUCUGUGCAUGCACAUUGUGUGUUGCUUAAGCCUUCAGGGGAACCGGUUCCCUGCGCAUUUUGCUUUACGAUACGGAGGGAUAUGUUUGACCUUCCUAAUCUCAUCAUCGGACAAUGGCUCCCGUUAUUCUGAUUCGUUAAAGCCACCCCCAUUUGUCCAUCUAUCCUUUCCUCUUCUGUCCCCUCCCCUCCCCCUCCCCUUUCACCACGACCGCUUUACGAAGUGAACGCUAACGUUCUUGUUAUGUACUACAUGGUCCGAAGUGAUCUAUCAAUGCCUAUUUCCUGUGUGAUUUUUUUUGGCAAUGCGAUGUUUCACGGCACUCCAGAGGGCACUAUUCCUUCUCUUCAUACAUUUGUCUUGGCUUCUGUAUCCGUGGCACACGCAUAGCGUGGAUUUAUUGUGUAUCAUUCAUUGGUGCGUAAGUUAGGACAAUAUGAGAAUAC